UCCUGACAUGAUAGUGUCAGACAACGGACCUACUUUUACCAGUGAGGAAUUCCAGACUUUCCUCACCAGAAAUGCAAUCGUUCACAGGACAACCGCUCCAUACAUGCCGUCUUCCAACGGGCUGGCUGAGAGAGCGGUGCGAGAGCUGAAGAUUCGGCUCAACAAGAUGUCAGCUGAUCAAGUAAGUGAUCGUAUCUCAAAAUGGCUGUUUUUCUACAGAACCACCCGGCAUGCUACGACCGGUGAAACGCCUUCACGGCUCCUGCUGGGCUACCAGCCGGUGACGAGAUUUGACCGCCUGAAGCCCAGUCUGGAGCGCAACGUCAGGACGAAGCAGUUCACCCAAGUUCAGCAGCACAAGAAGCGUCACCCUACCAGCCGGCCAACGCUGUCUCCAGGAGAUAUGGUGCUCGCUCGCUACUACCGUCAGGCCGAUGUCGUGGAUCCCUGGAGCCGAGCGACAGCCAUCCGGACUCGCCGCGCCCUGGUGUGGGAGCGCGCUCUGGCUCCGCCGGCGGCUCGCAUGCCGCUACGCCGCUGGACACUGCCCUGGCCUCGCCAGGAGGAGGCGCAGAGGCGGUGCGGCCUGCGUCCCCUGUCGACGUCGACGAGCCGGGGGACUCUGUUCGGCCGCCCGAGGACCGCCGAGCCGCGUCUCCCGCCCGCGUCGCUGACGGCGUGGGAGCGAGGGAUGCCGAUGGGGAAGAAAGGCGCUAUCCUGUGCGCGUGAGGCGAGCGCCUGAUCGUUUCGGACACUGAUGUGCCGUGAUUCUAUCCGGUAGAAACCGUGACUGAUUCAGUUAAUUUUGUUUUGUUAACUCUGACCAUUGACUCGU